AUGGAAUUGAAUUUCUUUCCCCUUUAUAUGUCUAGGCCUUUAUUUUAUGCAUCGGUUCUUGGACUCAGCUUUUUAUCAAAAAGAUUUAAUAUAAUUAAUCUUUCCAUAUUGUUCUUUGAAAUUGCCAUGCUUAAGCUUUUCUUUUCAUUUCCCUGCAUGUUCAUGUUCUAUUUGGUUGCAGCCAUCGGCAAGGGGCAAAUACAUGACAUUGGUGGUCAAAAGAUUGAUACAACUUGGUUUGAUGCUCAUGCAACAUUCUAUGGUGAUAUAAGCGGUGGAGAAACUAUGCAAGGAGCAUGUGGAUAUGGUGAUCUAUUCAAACAAGGGUAUGGACUUGAGACGACAGCCCUUAGCACAGCUCUAUUUAACAAAGGACUUACCUGUGGUGCUUGUUUUGAAAUCAAGUGUGUCAAUGACCCUCAAUGGUGUUAUCCAAAAGCUGGCUCUAUCAAAGUGACUGCAACAAAUUUUUGCCCUCCAAAUUACUCAAAAUCUGAUGGAAACUGGUGCAAUCCCCCAUUAAAACACUUUGAUCUGUCUAUGGCCAUGUUCACAAAACUAGCACAAUACAAAGCAGGAAUUAUUCCUGUCAUGUACCGUCGUGUUUUGUGUUCCAAGAAGGGUGGGGUUCAGUUCCAGGUCAAGGGAAACCCCUACUGGACUGUGGUGUUGAUUUACAAUGUUGGAGGUGCUGGUGACGUUAAGGAUGUUAAAAUCAAGGGCUCAAGCACUGGGUGGAUACAGAUGAGGCGCAACUGGGGAGUGAAUUGGCAGACUGGAACGAAGUUAACAGGCCAAAGCUUAUCAUUACAGGUGACUACGAGUGAUGGAAAAAUGGUGGAGUUCGAUAAAGUGGCACCGGCUAAUUGGCAGUUUGAUCAAAUUUUUAACGGAAAAAAGAACUUCUAG